AUGGCAAAGCUCGCAUUUCUCGGUGCUUUCUUACUUGCUCUUUUGUUCCUUGCCACGGCCUCUCGAACCACCAUCACCACCACCGUGGUGGAGGAAGGGAACCCGAGGGAAUCGCAGGAAUGCCGCGAGCAAAUCCAAAGGGAGCAGCAACUCCCCCAUUGCCAAAGGUACUUGUCGCAGAGAAGCCCCUAUGAGCUGGUUCUGAACCCACGAGAGCAGGAGGAGCAAGAGCAGCACCUCCGCCAGUGCUGUCAACAGUUGCAGAACAUAGACGAGGAGUGCCGUUGUGAGGCUGUAAAUGAGGCGAUGCUUGACAGAGGAGAUCACUAUAUUUCGCCUGAAACCAAAGGAUACCAAAACAAUUGA